ACGGCGCUGCCCGGGCGAGGGAAGGGCGCGGGGGCCGGCAAGACGCCCCCCGGAGGCGGGGGUGGCGGCGGGGGCUCGGCCCCGGCGCACGAGACGUGCUGGGGGUACUACGAUGUGAGCGGGCAGUGGGACAAGGAGUUCGAGUGCAACAAUAGCCUUACGGGCUUCCGCUACUGCUGCGGCACCUGCUUCUACCGCUUCUGCUGCAACAAGCGCGCCGAGAAGCUCAACCAGAGCCUGUGCCGCAACUACAAGAGUCCCGAGUGGGCCCACCCCACCACCGCCAGCGGCGCGCUGCCCGCCGACGGCAGCAACGGCGCCGACGGGGACGCCAACAAGUACGACCCGGACAAGGACAGCACCAACGCCACCGUCUACAUCUCGUGUGGGGCCAUCGCCUUUGUGCUCAUCGCCGGUGUCUUCGCUAAGGUGGCCUACGACAAGGCGCGGCGCCCGCCGCGGGAGAUGAACAUACACAGGGCUCUGGCUGACAUCUUAAGGCAGCAGGGACCAAUCCCAAUAGCACACUGUGAAAGAGAAACUAUCUCGGCCAUAGAUACCUCCCCCAAAGAAAACACUCCAGUUCGGACAUCUUCCAAAAACCAUUACACCCCUGUGCGCACCUCCAAAAGUAACACAGGUCACUAUGGAAAGGAUAUUUAUCGAAGCGGAGGGCCAGAUCUCCAUAAUUUCAUCUCCUCCGGGUUUGUCACGUUAGGACGAGGACACACGAAGGACAAGCCACGGAUGAACAACAUCCUUACUUCUGCCACCGAACCUUACGAUCUGUCCUUCUCCCGGUCCUUCCAGAACCUCUCUCACCUUCCACCAUCCUACGAGUCUGCCGUCAAGACAAACCCAAGUAAAUAUUCUUCUCUGAAGAGACUAACUGACAAAGAGGCUGAUGAGUAUUACAUGAGGAGGAGACACCUGCCCGACCUGGCAGCCCGUGGCACGCUCCCUAUCAACGUCAUCAAAAUGUCUCAACAGACCAACCACAGGGACAGGCCCCGCCGUCCCAUCAGGGCCAUGUCCCAGGACAGGGUGCUGUCCCCUGAGAGGAUCAUGCCUGAGGAGUUUAGCAUGUCCUAUGAACGGAUCCUCUCAGACGAACAGCUUCUGUCCGCGGAGCGUCUCCACUCCCAGGACCCUCUGCUUUCCCCGGAGCGGUCGGGAUACCCCGAGCAGUCUAUGUCACGGGCACUGUCACACACAGACGUCUUUGUUUCAACACCCGUCUUGGAUCGCUACAGGAUGACAAAAAUGCACUCCCAUCCUAGUGCCUCAAAUAACUUGUACAAUACCUUAGGGAUGAACCCCACCUCCGCCAAGCGCCAAGCGUUCGCCUCCCGACGGCACAACACGGUAGAACAACUGCAUUAUAUUCCAGGACACCACCACCACUACCGCACAGCGAGCAAAACAGAGGUGACUGUUUGAUAUGACCUCGAGCAUUGUAGAUAUUCAUUAAGGACUGGGGUGGCCACAGCACCCCGUACUGCAGUGGCCUUAUAGGCCAAGAUAACCUCUAAUAACUCAGUGUCUGGAAAGAUUUCUCUGACAGUCCCAUCCACAUUGUUUUUAAAGCCACCUCUACAUCGAUUACAUAAGAAGAACCCAAGCAAACUGAAAAUAGUGAGGGAUAAUGGAGGAAACUUCCUGACGUGCAUCAGUUUCUGUCAAAGAAAGCCAUAGUAAGUAGAUGGCUCCUUCCAAGGGCUCACCUACAUUAUCUGAUUAUUUUUAUCAAUUUAAGACUUUUCAGUUGCUACAAGCAGAACCAGUCUCAUGCAGCCUGUGACAGGGAGGGAGAAAUGAAGCGCCCCAUCCUGGCAGGAAGGGGCCAUGUUCUCAUCCCUCAUGCCAGUCCUCACAGCUGACCUUUCAGUAGCAAGUAGGUCAGCUUCUAGCAGCUGGGGAUCACCUCCAGACCACUCAGUACCAGCCAGCACCCAUCCAUCUGUUCUUCCUCACCCUUGGAACAAAUUCAAGGGCAGACUUUCCUAAGGGACUGGCAGAUCUAGGGACAAGAAUAGCCUGGCUGAGAAAUAAAGAUUUAGUUUAUAUUAAAUAUACUCAUAAGACAAAAAUAUACUAGUGCCUACAAAUCGCCUGCUCUCUCAGUGUAGGAAGUAGUGGGGUUGAUGUGUUCAAUAAGCACAAAUAUACUGAAAUGCUUGUUAGACCCCUUCUCCACUCAUUCUAGUAUCUUGCUGUCUCCAACAUGUAAAUAGGAAGGAGGAACAGCCUCUCUCUUCCUCUAGCUUCUUGCCGCUGCUGAGGCUCUAGUGCCAGAAUUUGUUCAGCUUCACCCUGCUGACCUGUGCUGGGGGAAGUGCUGACUCCACCAACACCUCUGCCAGGAAAGGCUACUGUGGGUUUCAUCCGAAUUUCUCCCCAGGAGUUUCUUUUCCUGAUAGCAUUUUCCACCUGUCCAAUUCCCCUGUUCCCCAAUAUGUUUCUUUCUUUUAGUUGCAACCUAGAACUUUGUAUGUAGCAAAUCUCCUUCCAGACCUUAGCAGAAGCUCGAAGCUGAGAGUGUCUGUCUACCAAAAAGCAAGUUGGUUAUUUUCCAUGGUUGUCUCACCAUAUAAUGGCCCAAAAAGAAACCUUUCAAAUUCCAAUUCCACUGAGUCCCAGACCUAACCAUGCAGACAAUUCCAUUUCAUGCAUAUCAAUUAUAUAUCCAGCAUAAUUAUAAUAAACGGGCAUGUUGUAUAUCUGAUAUAAUGGUAAUUAGAUAAUGUAUAUUUGUAAAAUCUUUUAAGAAUAGACUUGUGGGCCCAGAAUUUGUGAGCGUUUUAUCUCUGGCUUUCUACUCAGAUUGGGAUCUGCUCUGGAUUUUGUGUUGUUGUUGUUCCUUUUCUAUUAUUAUUAUUAUUUGUUUUCCUUUCAUUUGUGCUUCUUUCAAAUUCUGCGGAACCAACUCACAAUAGAACUUUCUUUGGCCAGGAUAGGGUUCUCCGGUUCUGAAGGCCACCCAGCCCCACUGCUGUAGCUGCAGUGGCACUGGGCACUAUCCAGCACUGCCUGUCCAUGGUGUGAACUCAAAGCCCCAGCACAUGCACACACCCAUGCAGCAAUCCAAAGGGCAGGCACAAUUCCUCCUUGGGGUGAAAGGAUGACUGACUUUAAGUUCUAAACACAUUUCCAUGUGGCACAUCUCUCUCACGUCCUCAUCCUGAGUCAUUUUCUACUUGCUCUACACCAAACUCUGUCUAAAUUAGCUCUGUUCUCCUCCUCCCCGCAAAUACAUCUCGCCUCCCAGCCUUUAUGAUGUUCCCAGCUCAAUACUGCAUACACUGAUUGUAGGUUGUCAUGAGCUUGAGUCUCAUGCAGGUGCUCAUGAUGCAGCACCUGGUUCUUCUGGUGCAGGAUAGGCAGGAGGAGCGUGCUGUCUAGUCCAGGUGACUUCAGAGUUAGGCUUCAGUCGGGUGGCCAUGUUGGCUUUCAUUGUGAUAGUUUUCAGAAGAGAUCCAAGGCCCUUCUCUUUCUCAGACCAUGCUGGGGUUGCUGCUCCUAGUUCAUGGGCUUUCUUCCGCCUCAGCUGAUGAAGGCUGUGUUUUGAAUAGACUCCACCUGAGAGAAGUACUGGGGCUUUGUUUGACGGAAACUGAGCUAGGAAGGAACAAGUAAGAGCCUAUGUGAUCUAAGUGGCCAUUACUGUGCAGCCUUGGGCAAAACCAUUCUGGGCAAAAACCAGAAUUGUGUAUGGAUCAGGGUGGAAGUUCAGUGGCGUGGGAGGGACAAGUGAGAAAAGGCGUGCACCUCAUCUUCUGACCCUUUCCUUUGAUGGACACUCCUCUCCCCUGUCUACCUCCAAGCUCCUCAGUUCAGUCACGGGAUAUUUCUUCACAGAGCGCACAUCCCCAUGCAAACAUUGCCCUUGGUGACUUACUUCCCUUCAGCCAGAAGUUCGUGACUGAUUUGAAGAGAAGAGAAACGCACAUGACUGACGGGGAGGCAGUCCCUGCUAAGAUUCCGGGGCUCUUUCAUUCAUCUUUGUCCCAGACAAAGCCAGUAUCUUCCCCUCUGCAAGAAGAGAGAUGUGAACACUGUGGGAGAGGAGAGUCCACCCUAAAGUCUGCAGGAGCUGAGGUGGCAGAGCUGGAGGAGCAGAGGUGACCAUGUGAGGCUGUGGGUAGGUCAACUCUCUUUCCAUCUCCAUAGCUGUUUGUCCCAAGCUUUCGUCUUUGUCUAAAUGUCCACUUUUUCAACUAAGAAGCUGCUGGACCAGAUGCCAAUAUGGAAGUUUUCUGCCCAAGAAGCCCAUGCAGAUGCUAUGCUGUGCUCCAGGCUAUUUGACCUCAGAGCCUUCUCUUAUUCUGACUAACAUCACAGGCCUUCUGCUAACUUGUCCUACCUGGGCAAUAAUCCUCCAAAGAAGUCUUGGCCCUGUCUCCUCUCCUCUUCCACCCACGCAACAGUUUCAAGCAGAUGUGUCCCAUUAGAACCAUCAAAUAGCCUUUCUAGGCCAAAUUUCUUCUGGGAUUCUGCCACUACCACAGAAAGUUUUCAGCAAAUUUCUUUCAGAAGGCACCAAGUCCUCAAUGGCUGCAACUUCUUCUGGGCACUGUGUGUUCCCUUGGCUUGCGCUGUAUGUUGGAAAGGGUUGGUACUAGAGUAGUGGCAUUUCAGCAUGUACAGGUGUUUUUACAUGAUUUUAUUCCUUUUUCUGAGAGUUUGUCACCAAAAUGGCACUUGGUCCAAGACUGGGAGUCAUGGUCCAUGGUCUGGUCCCCAGCACUUCUGUUUUAUGUGGUCAACACACAAUGGUAAUAGCAACUUUCCUAUUCCACAGAGGCAUUAUGAGGGUUCAUACCAUAAUGUCUUUGAAGUGCUUUAAGACCCUCUCACUACAGACACUGUAGAAGAGAAAAACAUUUUUAUUACUGUUGUUUGUCACCAUUAUCCUGCCACAUCGUGUCUGAUGUGUUGCAAUCCAGUCUGUCCAGAAUGAGAGUGCUGGGGUAGGGGAAUGCAGCCUCUGACUUCACACUGGUCAUGGUCCCACCAGCAGGCAGCAGUUCCUAGGAAUGCUGUUACCUGCCCUGUGACUUUUCUGCUUUCUCCUCUUGUUGGAGUCCCCAUUUCAUUCUGCACUCAGGACAAAAGCAGGAGGCAGUCACUUUCCUCUGUACAGUAAAAUAUGAUCUGCCUUGAUUAAUCUGAUAUACUCUGAAGAAUUGAUCUGUCUUUUUCUCCAACUCACAGGUGGAAACACAUCUGUGGAGCAUCCAGUUCCAAGUGUGCAUGUGUAGGGACUGGGGGAGGGUGAUGUAGAAAAGUUUAUAUUCUUUCCUACAAACUGAUAAUUAUUUGCAUUCCCCAAGUAGCGACACUUAGUAGUGAGCUGCACUGGGUUUUAUAUAAUUAUAUACAAAUAUCUCAUGGAUACAGAUACAUGUAUGUUUAUGGGUAUACACAUAAACACACAUAUAUACAUACAUACUGUAAAAUGCAGCCGUAAAGCUGUAAUUGACCCUGUAUCAAUCUAAGCUUCCAAAAUUUAUUGACCCACUCCUUGAAAUGUGGAAAACUGUUUUUAAUGAACCAUGCAGAUCACCAUACAGAACAGAAAUUUUGUCAUAGAAGACUCCUAAUGAUGGUGGACUGUGGUUUAAGGAAAAACAAAAUAUUUUUCAGUGUUUUAA